AUGAAAAAUGGUCAUGAAACUGAAAUAGCACAGGUCAGACUAAGACACAAUUUAUUUUCUUUAUAUGAGAAGUUCAUGUGCAGUGAUAUUUUGAAAAUAGAAUGUCGCAGAGACUUAACUUUAUUGAUAUCUCCUGAAAAAGCUAUAAAAGAUGCAGAGGAUGGAAGGUUGGCUAUUUGGCUAUAUGAAUGGUAUGAAUCAAAAGGAAGAAAAGUACCCUUAGAUAAAGGGGUGAAAUAUUCUCAUAAUGAAAUACCACUUGAAGAAUUAGAAUUUUUGAGAUUUAUACUUGGUAAUUUACCUGAUGAUUAUAUAAUGCCACAAUAUUUUGCUAAUUUAUGGUAUGGCUAUAUAUUUCCUAAUAUUAAACUGGAUACCUCAGAAGAAUAUUUAAAUACAUGGAUACAUAUCAUGAGGGUAAUGGGGAAGAAAUAUGUUAAGUUAUUUUCUCAAGAUACUGAAGGUUUUAUUAAUCUUACUUGCCAAGUCAUAGAAUCCCAAAGAAAUAAUAGAUAUAACUUAGUUUUAGUUAUGAUCCAAAUAUGUUAUAGGAUUUUAUCGAGAUUUCUACAGCCUAGGAAUAGUUUUAAUUUAAUUGUCAAAUAUCUUUGGAAACCAUUAUCUACUCUUUUCGUAGAGAGAUGGAGUACACAAGAUAAUGAAAUACUUAAAAAAAGAAUUCUGGAUAUAUUUCGUCUUACCUUGAGUGAAAAUCACAUUAAUCAUUUCUUAAUUAUACUAAAGAAUCAAGCAAUAGGCAGAAGAGUAGAUACAAAAUUAGAAAGUACAAAGAAUUAUACAUUUGAAUUAUACCAGUGCUUAUUUGACAACAAGGGAUCAAGCUAUCACUUAAUAUUCCACUUUAUGAAAUGGAUACACGAGACAAGAUGUCAUAAUUAUUUUAAAAUGGAAAAUAAGACUUCAAAUAAUGGUCCAAAUAACUCACCUGAGUAUUUAUUAUUCCAUUUAUUUAUAAGUGAAGUUAUUAGUAAUGACAAUGUAUUUUUAAGAAAUACUGAGUAUAUCUGUCAAUGCUUUGAUUUCUUAGUCUCAAAUAAUAUCUUUAUUAUAAGAAAAGGUAUAGACAAUAAUGAAAAUAUUCAGUAUCACACAUAUCAAUCUUUGUGUAAAACAUUGGACUAUUUAGUAAGCAAGAGCCUUACUAAUAAGUAUAUAUGGAAGUGUAUUGAAUUAUGUAUUAUUGUAGAUCCAGUAGAAUGUUUGCCUUUUUUACGAAGUAUACUUGCAACAGAUGAUGUGUAUAAGUUGGAAGCAUCUAUUGAAGACGAUAUUUUAGAGAUAGUGAUGUCUCUCAUUACAGGAUCAAAAUUUGAUAACACUUCAAAUCAAAUUAAUUACUCUGUAGAUAUUUGUAUUGCAAGAUAUAUAGAAACAUUUACAAAUUUAAGGGAUUUUACAACUUUACUAAAAGAAAUUGCGCACAUCUUAUUGUCAAAUGAGCAAACUUUAACUAAAGAUGGUUCAAAUUUAUAUAUUAAAAGGAAGCUUUUUCUUAAAAAAUCUUGCCUCGAAUCAGUUAUUAGAGAUAUCUCACUAUCAAGUCUACCUGCUCAAAUUCCCACGAUUUUAAAUGACUUUUUGGAUACAUUAAUGGGUAUGUCAAUUAAAGAAUUUGAAGAUGAGCAAUAUAUGGAAGAUAAAAUAUUGAAUUUAACCAUUUUGUCAAUAUGGCUUGGGAUACUACUAAUAAAUAUAAACUUUAACGAAGCACUGACAGUUCCCAUUAUGGAAGUUGUACUUAAAAUAAAUAAUGUAAAAAAUAAAAAUGUAAUCUCAAGUGAAAAAAAAUCAUCCUUGGAUAUUAUUGGGGAUAUAGUACUCACUUUAGGUAUAAUUCACAUUUGCAGAAAAUUACUAUCCUGGCAAGUAGAUGAAGAACCGGAAAUUCAACAAAUUAUUUAUAAAAAUUUGAAUAUCUUAUACAACUAUAGAUAUGGUUUUAAUAAUAAAAGUAGCACCUGUUUAGAUGUGCUAACACUAAUUUCACUCGUUAAUUGUAGUACUUUGCAAGAAUUCAAUAAGUAUUUUGAUGUCAAAAAUUUAAUAAAUUGUAUAUUUAGGUAUUAUAAAAAGCUGGCAAAUGAUGAAAAAUUAGCUCUCAAUUAUGAAAAUUCGAAGUUUAUUUUAUCUCAGUAUAUCCUUGGUGGUUUUAGUAUAAUAAAUACAAUAAAUCCCUUAAUUAUAAGUGAUAUGUUAAAUAGUAGUAGUUCUAAAGUCAGUGUAUUUCUUAUGUCUACUCUUGAAUACAUUAUAUUUACUCAAGAUAGUGAUAAUACAAAAACUUAUAUGGAAAUUCCAUCAUUAGCUUUGCCACUUCUGAGGAUAACUCUCGAAUUAUGUAAAAAUAUUCUAGUUAAUAUUAUAUAUAAAGUCAAUAAAGAAACUUUAAAAGAGGUAGUUAAAAAAAAAAGGCGAAUAUCACCUAUAAAUAGGGAUAAAGAUAUUUUAAGAUUGUGUCUAUUACUAAAAUUCUGGAAUAAGAAAGAAUCUAUUCAAUUUUUUGUUAGCUCAUCAUGGUACUUGGGAAAUGACAUAGAUAAAAUGGCACAUAUAGCCUUCCAACUAUACUGGAUAUUUUUAAACAGAGUCUUCUGGGACCUGGAGCUCAAUUCAGAGGAGAAAUAUGGAAAUUUUGAGUGGCUUAACUUGAUAAUUCAUGGUGUAUAUUCUUGGAUAGAUGAUAAUACAGAGAUAUCUAAAAAAUUUACAUAUUAUUUGCAGGAAAGACUAUUCAAUACAAAUAUAGAAGAAAACAAUAAACUUCUUCUUAAAUACCUUCAAAUAAUUGCCACAAAUGAUGAAUAUUUUAAAUUUGGUACUAAAAAAAUAAUGAUAAAUAUACUUAGGUUAGUUAUCUGUCAUGAACUUGAUGAAGAUGAUAAAAUAAUACAUAAAUUAUCCUAUUUACUAAAACACCUAAAUUAUUUGGGAUGGUGGUGGUGGGUUGAACAAAAUGGAUUUUUUACUAUAAAAUGUUAUGAUUUAGAAAACUCUAACUGGUAUUGCCAGAUUUAUUUAUGUAUUGAAAUUUUUCAAGUAGGACAUAUUGGACCACAAGUAUUUAUGGAAAAUUUAAAGAAUCAAGUAUCAAAAUCUUCUAUAAUAAAUAAUCAAUCACCUCUUCUGUAUUCGUUAGAAGUAUUACAAAACACACUUUUUAAUAUUGCUAAAUUAGGAUCUAAUAGUUUAUUCCAAUCAAAUAUUUGUAUAGAACAUAAUCUGAUGCUAUGUAAGUUAUUUAUAUUACUAAACCCUAAUAUAUUAAUAUUGGAUCUGGAAGACAAUGGAGGAUCAAAUUUUGAAGAGUGUAAAAUUUCCAGUAUUAAUAAUAAUAUUCUGACUAAAUUAAAAAGAGCGAAAUCUAUUAUUAUAAUUACUCUAGAUAUACUACAUUUAAUAGAUAAUAUACUUCUACAAGCUUUCGUUCAAGGGGAUCUCAGAAAGAAAUUAUUGAUGGCUCUAGAUACUUUUAUUCUUCUUUUGAGUAUUAUUGUAGAAAUUCCAUCUCAAGUAGUUAAGCUUACAAAACAACAAAAUAAAUCAGAAAAUAAUACUAAAGAAACAAAUUGUGACUUGAGUACAACUUUUUAUAACCAGGCACAAGAAAUAUUUAUAAAUGUUUUAAAUGCUGGCUUUGUUAUUUGUAAAGUGAAUCUUAGAUUUGGAAUUUUUGAUAAUUCUGAAAUAGAAGCUGAUAAAAUAAUUCAGUGGAUAAAAUAUAUAAGUCAUUGUAUAUUGGAGGGAAGCUCAAUAAAUGAUACUCAUUUUGAGGAUUCUGUAGAGUUUAAUAGACAAAUGAUGCUUUAUGACAUUUUUUAUAAAUUAACAAGAAAUGCUCCUGCUAAAUUUACUCUAGAUGGAUUAAAUUGUCACUAUCUGAGUGGAGUUCUUUGGGAUUACCGAACAACAGUAAAAACACUGCAGCAUAAUGCUGUAAAUAAUUGCAAUUUUUUUUGGGAAUAUUUAACAGGUAUUGAUAUUUUUUGGAAUAUAUUUAGACAUAAAAGUCAAGUAUAUCGUUGGUUAUCACCAUGUUUAAAGGACAAUAUAUAUGUAAAACUUGGAAAUGGUGGUCCAUCACAUAGACUUUAUUUUUAUAUAAAUGCAAUUUCAUGGAAAAUUAUAUCUAUAUUAAGCAUACUCAAUUUAUUUCCUCCACUCACUGUGCCAUUUAUUAUUGUCAGAAUAUCAAAUAUUGUUUCAGUUUUGUAUGCCUCUUCAAUUAAAUGCCAUAUAAUGGAUAAAGAACACAACUCAUAUACAAUAGCUCAGGUAUUACCUGCUUCACAUUUAGUACUUUCAACAAGUAUUAAUGUAUCACGUGCUUUGAAUAAUUUAAAUUAUGGUGAAGAUGCCCCAAAAAUACUGUCUGAUAUAUCACCUUAUUCUUGGUAUUGUUUAUUUGACUGCAUAUCGAUAUCAGCAUAUUUACCUUUAUACAAUUUAUUAAAUCCACUAUGGGACCAAUCUAGUAGAAAAUAUAACUUUGGUAAAAGAGUUACGAGUCAUAUAGAUGUUUGGAUAUCCCAAUUUCAUUUAAUUGAGGAAUCUUUGAAAUCUCUACUUUUGUUGGGAGAUACAAUUAAUAAAACUAAACAUGGAGAUAGACCGUAUGAACAACAUAUAAAAAGGAUAAGUAGAUUAUAUCCUCUAAUAGCCUCACAAUAUACAAAAAAUAAAGUCCAAAGGUAUUCUACAUCCUUAAUAGUGGAUCUCAUUGAUUAUUUACAUGCUCUAGAAAAAAAAGAUGUUACAGAUAAAUUAUCAGGAGACUACCAACUCAUAUCAAAUAUAAUUAGAAAAUCUUGUAUACAGCCAAUACUGGAAAUAAUUGAUGAUCAUACAAAGCAAAGUUUAUAUUCAAUUCUCAAAGAGGAGCAGAGGAGUACAUUCAAAUAUAUUUCUAGAAAUUUAGAGUGUAACUAA